AUGUCUGUAAUAGUGCCUUCGGUUCAUCAUCACAUUUUAUUUCAUAGACACGGAUAUGGACUUAAUUUGAGCCAUCAGUUUCCUAAUUACAGAGAAGAUCCUAACGUCUGCAACUCGUACGGUACCACGCCUCUUCAUGUGCUUUCUUUGACUAAUUGUGGUGCUGAAGUUGCAGAAGAAUUGAUUAAAUCUGGAGCCAGAGUAAAUACGAUGAAUCAUUUUGGUUGUUCGCCUCUUCAUUUUGCUGUAAUUCACCGAAACGAAUGGAUGAUGGAUAUUCUUAUUGAACAUGGAGCUGAUGUGAAUCUUAAAGACAUGAAUGGGAACUCAGCUUUACAUUUCGCUGCUAGGAACUCCCAAACUUUGCUUUAUCUUCCUGAAUAUCAAACUGGCGAUUUAUGGAUUGUUCAAAAACUAAUAAACAACGGAGCCGAUAUUGACACGGUUAAUAUAGAUUAUGAAACUCCACUUAUGUGGGCCAUAAGAGAAGGGAAUUUGGAUAUUGUCAAAGAAUUACUGUCAUUUGGUGCGAAUGUAAACGCCAGAAAAAGUGAAUUAGAAACUUGUUUACAUGUAGCUUCAAAAAAUAUUAAGCUGAACAGCGAUAUUGCGAUAGAAUUGGUGAAACAUGGAGCUUGUGUAAAUUGUCGUGAUCAAGACGGAAAGACAGUUUUGGAUAUACUUUUACAAUCCAGAGAUUCAGAUUUGGGUUUUGAGUGUGCAAAAGAAGUCAUAAAAAUUGCUACUCUUAAUUAUUAUAAACGUCAAACGCCUUUGUGCAUGCUGUUAAGCAGGAUUCACACGAGCGCAACAGAAGGUCACACCUACUUCAGGAAGAUCAUGUGA